UCAGGCGGUCGUGUGCUCGUCUUCUAUUAGCAGCUCUUAAGCGCAGACUUUCUGAGACACACGCAUCUCACUUCUUUGUUCAGAAUCUCGCUCGACAUCACACUGACUUUUACAUCUCUACAGUCAACUUUUCAGCCUGACACCGAAUUGAAGACGAACAUGCCAUGGACAAUCUGUAUGACUGUGAUUGUGGCAACAAUUCAUCUGGUUCCAGCAGAACAGCUCUUUCCAGCAAAAGUCGUGACUGACCAGGAAACGGUAGCCGAAGGGUCAAAGUUAACUUUGGGAUGUAUGGUGGCCUUAAAUCGCUGGGAACAGCCUCAAGAAGGCUCCUUCUUUUUAUUUCAUAAUGGGAAGAAAAUUAAGAGUGAGACCAUUUUUGGUGGCAAAAGAACUGCUAUGUUUACACUGGAGCACAUCGUAGCAGAACAAGCUGGGAGAUACGAGUGUGCUUAUGGGACAGAGAGUCCAGACAGACUGGGAGACUUUCAGACUAAUAAUUCAGUCUACAUCAGAGUCAAAGAAUCCCAAGUUUUGCUUAUUCUUCAAGUACAGAAUUUAACUGCGGGAGUGGAGGUGAUCUUUACCUGCUCGUUUCCUAAAGACUCCAAGAUAAAGAGCACCUCAGGAGGUUCUUUUGAACUUCGCAGGGAUGGAGAGUUGCUGCUUUCACAGUCCGCUGACACCUCACCAGAGGUCACAUUCAGGAUUGAGCACACCAGUGAGAACAACAAUGGGAGUUACGUGUGUGUGUUCAGGAAGGGAGAUGUUUACACAGUUAAGAGUCCACCGGUGAGACUCCAAGACAAUGGUGAGGCCGCUGCAUAUAUGUCACCUUAUAAUUAA